AUGUUAUUAUUACUGCUAUUCACUACAGCUGUUAGUGGAUGUCAAAAGGGAUGUGACUGUUCUUCAAGUGUUACCGUAUGUCAUGCUCAAACUUUGCGAAGUGUCCCAAUACUGUUAGAUCCUCGAACGAAACGAUUGGAUCUUGCACACAACAAAAUCACUCGACUUACCGCCGAUGAGCUCAGUCUCUAUCCAAGUGCGUUCAGUUCAUUUCUUGAUAAAAAUUAUUUUUAA